AUGGUUCGAUUGCGAUCUGGUCUGGCUACUGGCGAGGGCGAAAGGUUGCAGGCUUCUGAUGCAGGGACUUCAACUGGGCAACCCCCCGUCGUCCCAAAUGAUCAGGAACGCGUCGCAGCGUUGGAACAACUGGUGAACCAGUUAGUCCAGCAAAAUGCGAUGAUUCUGCAACGCUUAGCCGCCCCCAACGAGGAGAGAAACAGUGAAGUACCCAACGAUGACUCCCGUAGGGUUAACAACGAUGUUGAUUGUGUUGGAGAUAAGACUAAGGACGCCACUCAGUUCGAUCUAGAGUUACAGGAUCUGAAAACCAAGGUUGACGAUGUCAUGCAAGCGAUGAAAGGGAAGGGCCAGGCUGCAGUGAACGAUAUGGUACAAAAGACUAACCUAGCUUUUAGCCCAGCUGUUAUGAGUUGUCCUCUACCUAGCAAAUUCAAGAUGCCAACUCUUGAGAGCUUCGAUGGGACGCGGGACCCUCUCGACCAUUUGGAGACCUACAAAGCUCUUAUGUAUUUGCAAGCCGUACUGGACGAGAUUAUGUGCAGGGCUUUCCCUACCACACUCAAGGGUUGGGCUCGUCUCUGGUUCAAUAAAUUUAAGCCAGGCUCUAUUGAAAACUUUGAAGAGUUGAGCAAACAAUUCAUAGGACACUUCAUCACUGGGCAGAAGCACAGGAGACCAGCAACACAUUUACUUAAUGUGAAGCAGCAGAAGGGAGAGUCCCUUCGUGAUUACAUAAGUCGUUUUAACACUGAAAUGCUGCAAGUUGAAGAGGUGGACGACAAGGUUGCCCUCACAGCCUUUAUGGGAGGACUACAGACUUCUAAGUUCCUAUUUUCCUUAUCAAAGGAAGCCCCUACAAGCAUGACAGAGUUGAUGGUUAGAGCGCGGAAGUACAUGAACGCUGACGAUGCUAUGAAUGCACGAAAAAACAAAGAUGGUGAAGAUAAGAGGUCGGAUAAGAAGAGGCCAGCACCUAACACUAGGGAGGAAAAGGAAUCGAAGUACAAGAAAUUUUCAAACAACCAGGCUGACAGAUCGUCUAGCCGCCCAAUUCAAGAUGACACAUCAUUGAAAUGGCCGCCAAAGCUAAAAGCUGAUCCAACAAAGAGGUCUCUAGGUAAAUACUGUAGGUUUCACCGGGACCAUGGACAUAACACAGAAGAUUGUUUCGACCUCAAAAACCAGAUCGAGAACCUUGUUCGUAAAGGUCAUUUACGCAAAUUCACAACUAGAAAUGAAAAAGGAGGCUCCAACCCAGCCCGGGAGGGCCGAGAUGAUCGCCCUCCUCAACACCAACCAAUGGGUGAGAUCAAAGUUAUAUCGGGUGGCUUUGCUAGUGGUAGUGAGACAAGUUUGGCUCGGAGGGCUCAUGCUAGGAGAAUUCGGAGUUUUUCAGAGGUGAAUGAAGUUGGAAUGACAAGUCCUCCAACAAAAUUACCUCAAGUUGAAGAGCCGGUCAUAACCUUUUCUGAAGAAGAUGACAAGGGAAUUCACCAGCCCCAUGAUGACCUUCUGGUAGUUUCCAUGGUCAUUGCUAAUUUCACUAUUCGAUGA